CUAAGUGAUCUGGUAGCCCUUGUUCGAGGAAAGCUGUCGAGGAUGCAGCGAACAGUGUUAUCAGCUCUCAUUGUGAUUGAAGUCCAUGCCAAGGAUGUCGCUGCUAAGCUGAUUGAGGAGAAUGUGAUGAGUGAGAAUGAUUUUGAGUGGAUCUCUCAGCUCAGAUACUACUGGACAAGGAAUGAUCUGUACAUCCGAGCAGUGAAUGCUGAAUUCAUCUAUGGCUAUGAAUAUUUGGGAAACAGUGGACGCCUGGUCAUCACACCCCUCACUGACAGGUGCUACUUGACACUUACUGGAGCUCUGCAUCUAAAAUUUGGAGGAGCACCUGCAGGACCUGCUGGAACAGGCAAAACUGAAACAACUAAAGAUCUGGGGAAAGCUCUAGCCAUACAGACAGUAGUGUUCAACUGCUCCGACCAGCUUGACUUCAUGGCUAUGGGAAAAUUCCUGAAGGGACUAGCCAGCUCCGGCGCGUGGGCUUGCUUUGAUGAGUUUAACCGCAUUGACGUUGAGGUGUUGUCCGUAGUGGCUCAACAGAUCACAACCAUUCAGAAGGCCCAGCAGCAAAGGGUGGACCGCUUCAUGUUUGAAGGAACUGAGAUCCCACUGGUCCCAUCCUGUGCAGUCUUCAUCACCAUGAACCCUGGAUAUGCUGGACGCACUGAAUUACCAGAUAACUUAAAGGCUCUCUUCCGUCCUGUGGCUAUGAUGGUUCCAGAUUACUCCAUGAUUGCAGAGAUUUCUCUCUACUCCUUUGGGUUCAAUGACGCCAAGGUCCUAGCAAAGAAGAUCACCACUACGUUCAAACUGUCAUCGGAACAGCUCAGCAGCCAGGACCAUUAUGACUUUGGAAUGAGAGCUGUGAAGACUGUGAUCUCAGCUGCUGGCAACUUAAAGAGAGAGAAUCCUACCAUGAAUGAAGAGCUGAUCUGCCUUAGGGCCAUCCGGGAUGUCAAUGUACCCAAGUUCCUCCAGGAUGACCUCAAGCUGUUCAAUGGUAUUGUCUCUGACUUGUUUCCCAAGAUCAAAGAGGAGCCUAUUGAAUAUGGCAUCCUAGAAGAAGCAAUCCACAAAUCCUGCAUCAAAGACAACCUGAAGGAUGUUGAAGGUUUUGUGACAAAGUGCAUCCAGCUGUAUGAAACCACUGUGGUGCGCCAUGGCCUCAUGCUGGUGGGGCCAGCAGGCUCGGGGAAAACAAAGUGUUACAGAGUUCUGGCAGCUGCAAUGACCUCUCUGAAAGGUCAGCCUUCGGUCAGUGGUGGGAAUUAUGAAGCAGUCAACUACUUUAUACUGAAUCCGAAAUCCAUCACAAUGGGCCAGCUUUAUGGAGAGUUUGACUUGCUAACGCAUGAAUGGACGGAUGGGAUUCUUUCAUCACUCAUUCGGGUGGGAGCAAUCGCCAGUGAUACAAAUAAGAAAUGGUAUGUGUUUGAUGGGCCAGUCGAUGCGGUCUGGAUUGAGAAUAUGAACACCGUGCUGGAUGAUAAUAAGAAGCUGUGUCUUAGCUCUGGAGAAAUCAUUAAGCUAACAGAGAUGAUGACCAUGAUGUUUGAAGUACAGGACCUGGCUGUUGCCUCCCCCGCCACAGUAUCCCGGUGCGGCAUGGUUUACCUGGAGCCCAGCCUCUUGGGGCUCAAGCCCUUCACUUGGUGCUGGCUGAGGAAAAUUCCAGACAUCAUGAAGCCUUUCUCAGAGCAGUUAGCAUCCCUCUUCAGCAGAUUUCUAGAGGAGUCCAUCAGCUUUGUCCGGAGUUCAGUGAAAGAGAUAAUUGCCUCAACAGACAGUAACCUGACGAUGAGCCUUCUCAAACUACUGGAGUGCUUCUUUGAACCUUUCAUUCCCAUUGAGGGAAUUAGGAAGGUUCCCCGUGAGAAGGCUGACCGACUUGGAGAACUGAUUGAACCCUGGUUCAUGUUCUCCUUGAUCUGGAGUGUGGGUGCAACUGGAGAUGCCCAAAGCCGCGUGGCCUUCAGCAUGUGGUUGAGAGAGAAGAUGGCAAGUGAACAGAUCCAGUUACUUUUCCCAGAGGUGGGGCUGGUUUAUGAUUAUAAACUGGAUGAUGCUGGGCUCAGCAAUCCUGAGGAAGAUAUAGAUGAAGAUGUUGUCAAGGAGGUGGGCUGGGUGAAUUGGAUGGAUUACACUGCACAGUUCACCAUAGUUCCUGACACAAGCUUCUGUGACAUUAUAAUCCCCACAAUGAAUACUGUCCAGAUGGCCCACCUGCUGGAAAUGCUGCUCACCAAUCGAAAACCAGUUCUCUGUGUUGGUCCAACUGGCACUGGGAAGACUCUCACGAUUUCAGACAAGCUUUUGAAGAACUUGCCUCUAGAAUACAUCACCCACUUUCUAACAUUUUCUGCUCGCACCUCAGCCAAUCAAACCCAGGACCUCAUUGACAGCAAACUGGAUAAAAGGAGAAAGGGGGUGUUUGGUCCUCCUCUUGGCAAGUACUUCAUAUUUUUCAUUGAUGACCUAAAUAUGCCGGCACUGGAAACCUAUGGUGCUCAGCCACCCAUUGAGCUGCUUCGGCAGUGGAUGGACCACCAGGGCUGGUACGACAGGAAACAGAUUGGUAUCUUUAAGAAUCUGGUGGAUAUUAACUUCGUCUGUGCCAUGGGCCCCCCAGGCGGAGGAAGGAAUGCCAUCACGGCACGCCUCACCCGUCAUUUCAACUAUCUUUCCUUUACGGAGAUGGAGGACAGCAGCAAGAAGAAAAUCUUUUCCACCAUUCUUGGCAGCUGGAUGGCUGGACUCCUUGGAGAAAGAAGUUUCAGAGAUCCAGUCCCUGGAGCCCCUGGAGUCGAACACUUGAAUGAGCCCCUUGUCGAUGCCACCAUUCGUGUGUAUUCAACCAUCACGUCCCAACUGUUGCCUACUCCAGCAAAGUCACACUAUACCUUUAAUCUGAGGGACCUCUCCAAAGUUUUCCAGGGGAUGCUCAUGGCUGAAGCCUGCAAAAUGGAGGACAAACUGCACCUGCUCAGGCUCUGGUAUCAUGAGAGUUGCCGUGUGUUCCGCGACCGCCUGGUUAAUGAUGAGGACCGCAACUGGUUUGAUGAUCUGAUGAAGAGCAUGAUGGCAGAGUGGGACACCACCUUUGAGGAGGUUAUCCCCUACCAGCCAGUUCUCUUUGGGGAUUUCAUGAUGCCUGGUGCUGAUGUCAAAAUAUAUGAACUAAUUGAUGACCAGGAAAAGCUUAUGCGUGUGAUUGAGGAGUACAUGGAGGAGUACAAUCAGAUCAACACCACCAAGAUGAAGCUGGUGCUCUUUAUGGAUGCUAUGCAGCACAUCUGCCGGAUCAGCCGGAUCCUGCGCCAGGCACUGGGGAAUGCUCUCCUCCUGGGCGUUGGAGGAAGCGGAAGGGAGUCUCUCACCAGGCUGGCAUCUCACAUGGCUGAUUAUGAAUGUUUCCAGAUUGAACUUUCCAAAAACUAUGGGAUGGCAGAGUGGCGAGAAGAUGUCAAGAAAAUCAUGCUGAAGGCUGGCCUGCAGAGACUGCCCAUUACCUUUCUAUUCACGGACUCACAGAUUAAAAGCGAAUCUUUCCUGGAGGAUAUCAACAAUGUGUUGAACUCCGGAGACAUUCCCAAUCUGUAUGCCCCGGAUGAGCAAGAUCAGAUCAUGACUACUAUGAAGCCCAUCGUUCAGGACCUAGGGCAGCAGCCCACCAAGGCCAACCUGAUGGCAGCAUACACAGGACUAGUUCGCAGUAAUAUCCAUAUGGUCCUUUGCAUGAGCCCUAUUGGAGAGGUCUUCCGUGCACGGCUGAGACAGUUCCCCUCUCUAGUGAACUGCUGUACUAUUGACUGGUUUAAUGAGUGGCCUGCAGAAGCCCUGCAGUGCGUUGCAUCUUCCUUUUUGCAAGAGAUCCCAGACCUUGAAGCCACCUCUGAAGUUAUAGAUGGAAUGAUUCAGGUGUGUGUAGCGAUCCACCAGAGCGUAGCAGUGAAGUGCAAAGUGUACCUGGCCGAGUUGGCCAGACACAAUUAUGUCACUCCCAAGAGCUACCUGGAGCUCCUUGGCAUUUUCACAGCCCUGAUCGGGAAAAAGAAACAGGAGCUGAACACAGCAAAGAAGAGGAUGAAGAGUGGCUUGGACAAG